GCGACUGGGCACCAGCCGACUAGGUCCUUGAAUCUUGAUCUCUCUUUAAUGAUCUCAUCGACCGCCGACGACCGGCAGCAAUUCCCCGUGAGCCCAAACUGACCAUUGAGAAGCCGAUUGUUGGUGUUGCGUCGGCCACGCAUGACGUGCUCGUCCUCCAGGUCGCGUCAUUUGCGCCCGGCCGCAUCCCGGCGCCGGUAACGGGGGGUCUCGCAUGCGAUCCUCCGGGAAUCAACUGCCACCACCCCGCCCUAGAACGCUCUCUCACGCUCCAAAGCACCAACCGGCCUUGGCCGAUUCUCUGGCAAAACGGUCAUACAUGAGGACCACCACAAUGGCACCAAGCGGCGUAAGCUUCACCGCGAUCCCCACCAUCGACCUCUCCCUCGCUGACGACCCCGCGUCGGAGGCCGGGCUUCUCGAGCGGCUCCGCCACGCGCUCGUCCACAUCGGCUUCCUCUACGUCGUGAAGCACGGCGUCCGCGAGGAGACCGUCUCGGCCGUCGUCGGGGCCCUGCCGAGGCUGUUCGCGCUGCCGAUGGCGGCGAAACAAGAGAUCGCGCUAGAGAACUCCCCGCACUUCCUGGGAUACAGCGGAGACGGCGCGGAGACGACGGCGGGGGCGGUCGACCGCAGGGAGCAGGUCGAGUUCGCGACGGAGCUCGCGGACGGGUGGCGGCAGGGGCUGCCGUUGCGGGAGCGCCUGAGGGGCCCGAACCAGUGGCCAUCAGCGUACCCGAGUCUCCGCCCGAUCGUCGAGGCAUAUAUCUCGGAGAUGACGCUUCUGGGCGAGCGCUUUCUCCGCCUGGUGGCGAAGGCGCUCUCGCUCCCGCCCGAGGCCUUCCUCCCUUUCCUCUCGGACCAGCACCGCCUCAAGCUCGUGCGCUACCCCGCGCUACCCCCUCAUCGCGAUACGGCGGGCGGCGGCGGCGGCCAGGGCGUCGGCCCGCACAAGGACUCGUCGGGCUGGUGGACGUUCCUGCUGCAGGCCUCCCCCCCGCACGUCGGGGGGCUGCAGGCCCUCAACGGGGACGGCGCGUGGGUCGACGUGCCCGCGCUGCCGGGCUCGUUCGUCGUCAACAUCGGGCAGGCGUUAGAGGUGGUGACGGGCGGGGUGUGCAGGGCCACGACGCACCGCGUGCUCUCCGGCCCGCUGGAGCGGUUCAGCGUCCCGUUCUUCCAGGGCGUGAGGCGGGACCUGACAAAAGACGAAGCGACGGGCUCGCUGGGGGGGCACUUCAGCCGGCCCGAGAUCUGGGGGCUGGCCGCGGCGGCGGCGGAGUCGGCCGAGGGGAGGGGCGUGGACUCGGCCUUUCUCCAGGGGAAGUAUGACACCUGGGGCGAGAGCCAGCUCAGGACGAAGAUCAGGAGCCACAGGGACGUGGGGAGGAAGUUUUAUCCCGAGGUGUUUGAUCAGUAUGUCAAAGACGAUCAGUAGCCUGUUGAAUCCCGCGCCGCGAAAAGCUUUCCCGGACGAGGAGCGUGCUGUGUCGUGUGCCUGUUGGUGCCUUUCUUUACUGGUUUAGAAUAUGUGCGCAGAGACAAGUCAAAUCAAUAAAUACCUUGAUACUAGAGA